AUGUCUGAGGCCAAACUCCUAGUCUAUCACCACCAGCCACGCGGCGAGCCGAUCGUCUCCAAGGGACUAGACACGAUGCAACACAGCGAGCUCGAUGCUGCUCUGAAGAAAGAAUCCGGAUCUCUCCAGCUGAGCAAGAAGGCGGUUCCUUCUGGUGCUACGCACGUGGAAAUCACGCCUCGCGAUCUCCUUAGCAAGGAACAGCAAGGGGCUCGCUCCCCGAAGCCGAACGAUGACUCGAGUAUUGCUUCCGUGCGCUUGCCAGCGUCCGUCUUCUUGAGCCGGUCGACCGUAGGAGGCUACGAGGAGCUGUACAUCGUUUCCAGGAAGCAAGAGUAG